AUGGAGUUGACUUUAACCGAACAAGAUGCCGCUCAUUGGGUUUACAGAGGUGAAGGUGCUGCUAAUAUUGUUGUCUCAUACACUGGUUCUUCUCCUUCUUACAUUGGGAAAGUGAUGCGCAUUCGCAAGUCUCCAAGGAAGGCAUCAGCAUUACCGGGAGUGAGGAAUACCAUAGCUCUGUCUCCGCAUGAACGCCUCAUAUGGAAAGAAGUACAUGAACUUAUUUCCUCUUCAGAUAAGGAAAUUGCUGGUCAACUAUAUGUCGAUCAUGUAAUGAAGCCUUUGCUUGGAUCCAAAUAUGUUGAUGCUGGGUCUCACAUUCUAGUGACCAAAGAAUUCCUAAUGACUGUUGAGAAGAAUGUUGAUAGUCAGCGUCCUGCUUCACGAGUUGAUGUUUCCCAGGUUGAUAAGCAAUGUGAUUUUGCUCUUCUCAUGUCGGAUCAUUCCAUCUUUCCUCAAGGUAGUCAAGAAUCUAGCCACAGUAUAUCAGUUGAAAUAAAGCCUAAAUGCGGAUUUCUUCCUCUUUCAACAUUCAUAUCUGAAGGAACUGCUAUCAAAAAGAAGAUAACUCGAUUCGAAAUGCAUCAAGCUCUGAAAUUGCAAAGUGGAGAGAUUUCACAGCGGAGUGUGUACAACCCACUUGAUUUGUUCUCUGAAUCAAAGGAAAGAGUUUAUAAAGCUAUUAAAAAUCUCUUUACUACCCCUCAAAACAAUUUCCGCGUAUUUUUGAAUGGUUCUCUCACACUCGGAGGACUAGGAGGUGGUGCUGAAAGUACAGAUGCAUGUAUGGCCAAAGUACUUGAAGAUAAACUUCACUCGGUCAUUCAAGCUGACAAUGGCCAAAGUACAGAGAACUUAUUUACUCUUGUUACUGAAGCUGUGCAUAAAUCAGGAGUCCUUAAUCAGCUCUUGGAGUGCAAGGUGUGUAAAGAAUUGAGUAAAGAACAGGCAAAAAUAUAUACCUCUUUGCAUUCUGCUUCGUUGGACGAAAGCUUGAGAAUCGUAAAGGACUACCUGAUAGCAGCUACUGCAAAAGACUGCAGUUUGAUGGUAUGUUUUAGACCAAGGAAAGAGAAUGAUUCUGGAUCUUCCUACAAUACUAUAUAUCUUGAGUCAACUAAACAAGCCUUUGAUUAUAAGGUGCAUUUUAUCGACCUUGAUUUAAAGCGUUUGAAUAAAGUGGAAGACUACUAUGAGUUAGAUAAGAAGAUAGUGAGCUGCUACAAACAGAUGAACAAAAUAGAUGAUGGAAGAAAUGAAGAUGCAAAGUUGCACGGACCGGAAGUUACAAACUUGCAGGGAUCUGAAGUUGCAAACUUGCAGGGACCUGAAGUUGCAAACUUGCAGGGACCUAAAGUUGCAAAUUUGCAGGGACCUAAAGUUGCAAAUUUGCAGGGACCUGAAGUUGCAUACUGA